AUGCUUGCCAAGCACUUUUUCUUCGCGAUCGCAGUUGUUGGCAGUGCUUUUGCCUCUGUCAACAGCGAGCAAGCUGUUGCUGAUAUCCACGAGUUGACUCGCAUGACGAAAAUUGCCAAACGCUCUCUCGAAGACUAUAAUGGGGGGAUCCCCGGCGCAUACAGAAUUGCGAGGUCGGUAUACAAUGCCCACACGUCUGCGGAAACAGCACGGAAGAGCAUGGGUAAUUCCGAUCCAUUAGCCGAUGAUGAUAGCGGUCGCACACUGGACGCAUAUAAUCAAUUUUACCCAGUCCUACUUGAUACUCUUCAAGUCGCGAAGACUAAAGCUCCUGAACUCAAGAAGACUGGCCUUUCAUACCCGGCUCAAGGUAUGAUGGCCAACCUUUAUAAUGAGAAAACCAAUUUUGAAACCGUUAUGCACGGCCGAUUGUCCAACAACCAUAGCCGCAUGGUCCAGCCGUCGACAGAAAAGGUCGACAGAGCUUUCAAAGAUACCUUGGAUGCCUUGAAAAACUAG